AUGUCCAAUCAAAAGAGCAUAGAGUCAGCCAUUAAGAAUCUAGAAGUCCAGGUGGGACAAUUGGCCAAGCAACUGGCAAACCGACCGUCAACCAGCUUUGGAGCCAACACAGAGAAGAAUCCUAAGGAGGAGUGCAAGGCUGUUAUGACUAAAAGCAAAAUGGUGAGCAUGAAUGAAGGUGAGAAGAGGAUAGGUGAAGAAAAACAACAACUGGUGACUGAACCAGAAAUUGACCCAGUGAUGGAACCUUUGAGUGAGACUGAGGAAGAAGUGGAAGUAGAAGAUGAUCAGCAGAAGGAGAUACCAAUAAUUAAUAAGUACAUUCACAGUGAAAACAUCAUUGUGGAAGGAAACUACAGUGUUGUAAUUCAGAGGAUUCUUCCACCUAAGCACAAAGAUCCUGGGAGUUUGACUAUUCCGUGUUCAAUUGGUGAAGUUUCUGUUGGCAAGGCUCUUAUUGAUUUGGGAGCCAGUAUUAAUUUGAUGCCGCUUUCCCUAUGCCGGAGGCUUGGAGAGUUGGAGAUAAUGCCAACUAGAAAUGGAGUGAUAGAAGAUGUUUUGGUUCAAGUCAAACACCUUAUCUUUCCUGCUGACUUUGUGGUAAUGGACAUAGAGGAAGAUACAUAUAUUCCCUUAAUUUUGGGACAUCCAUUUAUGGCUAGUGCAAGCUGUGCAGUAGACAUGGGAAAGAAGAAGCUAGAAAUGGGUAUUGAAGACCAAAAGAUUAGCUUUGAGCUAUUUGAUGAAUAA